AGGCAGACGCUUCACGACUGAGCCACCCAGUCGCCUGCAUAAUUCAAGUUUAAACAUAAUUUCUGUUCGUUGUCUGAAAGCACAUUUCGAGUAUCAUAAAUUUCUUUUUUGUCUUUUGGAAAUAGAGUAAAUGUAAAUGAGGCUUGUGUAAACAUCGUUAUGUUUUGAUUUCAGUUCUAGGUUGUUAUUUUGAUUUUAAUUAGUCAUUUGGUGUUUAAAUGAAUCUGCCUAAUUUGGUUUAACUUUAUUUCAGUAGACCACAUCCCCCCUUUUUUAAAUUAAAAAAAAGAAAAAUGUAGGGAUAGUGCAAGGGCUGAGGAGUGAAAACCAAGAGAGGAUUGUAGCAGUCCUCAGUUAGAAGGAAUGUCUGGUUCUCAUAUUUCCAGUGUAAGAAACGCAUAUUUAUACAUUUACUCAUAUAUGCUUAGGCUUCAGUAACCUCACUCAAACUAAACUAAAUAUGAGAAUGAUGUACACAUUAGAAUGUACCUAUUAGAAUGCCAGUUUAUGUUAGAAUAGAAGAUAACCCUUUCCAGUGAUCAGAAUUUUCAGGUUGAAAAAUCCAGUGCCGUAUUGACGAACAUGGGAAAUGGAGGUGGUGUGGUAAUCAUGAAAUCAAAGAAAAGGAACUUCGGGAGUCUUGAAUGAUAUAUCAUCAAAGUUAUGAUGGACCACACAUCCCCGACCUACAUGCUUGCUAACUUAACCCAUUUGCAUUCUGAACAACUUCUUCAGGGCUUGAAUCUUCUUCGUCAACAUCACGAGCUCUGUGACAUCAUUCUUCGUGUUGGUGAUGUUAAAAUCCAUGCUCACAAAGUGGUACUUGCCAGUAUCAGUCCAUAUUUCAAAGCUAUGUUCACUGGAAACCUUUCUGAAAAAGAGAACAGUGAGGUUGAGUUUCAGUGCAUUGAUGAAACUGCUCUCCAGGCCAUUGUGGAGUAUGCCUAUACAGGAACUGUUUUUAUUUCACAGGACACAGUUGAAUCUCUCCUUCCAGCAGCAAACCUACUCCAGAUAAAACUUGUCCUGAAGGAGUGUUGUGCAUUUCUUGAAAGCCAGCUUGAUCCUGGUAAUUGUAUCGGAAUUUCUCGUUUUGCAGAGACAUACGGUUGUCAUGACCUUUAUUUGGCAGCUACUAAAUACAUAUGCCAGAAUUUUGAAGCUGUUUGCCAGACUGAAGAGUUUUUUGAACUUACACAUGCUGAUUUGGAUGAAAUUGUUUCCAAUGACUGUUUGAAUGUAGCUACCGAAGAGACUGUUUUUUAUGCACUUGAGUCUUGGAUCAAGUACGAUGUACAAGAACGUCAGAAAUACUUAGCACAGCUACUUAAUAGUGUGAGAUUACCAUUGCUGAGUGUUAAGUUUCUCACUAGACUAUAUGAAGCAAAUCAUCUUAUUCGUGAUGAUCGCACUUGUAAACAUCUUUUGAAUGAAGCCCUAAAGUACCACUUUAUGCCUGAACAUAGACUCUCUCAUCAGACUGUCCUGAUGACACGACCUCGCUGUGCUCCCAAAGUACUUUGUGCCGUAGGAGGAAAAUCUGGACUAUUUGCCUGUUUGGAUAGUGUGGAGAUGUACUUUCCUCAGAAUGACUCUUGGAUUGGUUUGGCACCCCUAAACAUUCCUCGCUAUGAAUUUGGAAUAUGUGUUUUAGACCAAAAAGUGUAUGUUAUAGGUGGUAUUGAAACUAACGUGCGUCCUGGCAUCACUAUCAGAAAACAUGAAAAUUCAGUAGAAUGCUGGAAUCCUGAUACAAAUACCUGGACUUCUCUUGAGAGAAUGAAUGAAAGCCGAAGUACCCUUGGAGUAGUAGUACUUGCAGGAGAACUUUAUGCUUUAGGUGGUUAUGAUGGACAAUCUUAUUUACAAUCUGUAGAGAAAUAUAUUCCUAAAAUAAGAAAAUGGCAACCUGUGGCACCAAUGACUACAACAAGAAGCUGUUUUGCUGCAGCCGUGUUGGAUGGAAUGAUAUAUGCCAUUGGUGGGUAUGGUCCUGCCCACAUGAACAGUGUGGAGCGUUAUGACCCAAGUAAGGACUCCUGGGAGAUGGUUGCAUCUAUGGCAGAUAAAAGGAUUCACUUUGGUGUGGGUGUCAUGCUAGGCUUUAUUUUUGUGGUGGGUGGACAUAAUGGUGUCUCACAUUUGUCAAGCAUUGAAAGAUAUGACCCUCAUCAGAAUCAGUGGACUGUAUGUAGACCAAUGAAAGAACCCAGAACAGGGGUUGGUGCUGCAGUAGUUGAUAACUACCUUUAUGUAGUUGGUGGUCACUCAGGGUCUUCCUAUCUGAAUACCGUGCAGAAAUAUGACCCUAUCUCAGAUACGUGGCUGGAUUCAGCUGGCAUGAUAUACUGUCGCUGCAACUUCGGAUUAACAGCACUUUGACGAGUGUGCACUGGUGGGAAUCGUGUUGUGAUGAACCUUGUGCCGCAUGAAAGGAUGCCGCAUUUUCUGAAAUCCGAAAGCUACAUAUCUUUCUCUUUAACUUGAAAUGGCAUGAAGACUCAAAGUUCUGUUGGGUACUUUGAAUUGACAAGUAGCUUUGGUUGCUCUUGAUUAUACAGUGAAUCAAUAAUCAAAAAAAAAAAAAAGGAAAGAUCUUGCCAAUUUAAUUGUGCACUUUUUCCUCUAAUACUGGCAUAGAGUAGUUUUAUGUUCAUUAGUGUACAUGUGGAGAAAAUCUUGCUGCUUUAAAAAAAAAUUAGCUCUCCUUCUUUCUUGAUAUAUGCACCAUGAUUUACUAGGAUGAGAGAUGCUUAGAUGUGGGAGUGUAUUGAAAGACUAGACAAAAUGCUGAUACUGUCUGUUGGAUAUAAAUUCAUAUGCUUCACAUUUUAAACAAAUAAAGGGCUGCUUUUUUGAGGGGGGUACUUUUAAGGAUUGUAAAUUAUAUACCAUAGUGAGUCACCAGGAUAUUCUUCCUAUUAAAUGGCUUUAGGGCUGGAGAUGUAAUAAGUUUGCAAAACAAAUGCUUUUACUAUCAUCAUUUUUUGGAGGCUUAUAUUAAGAAGCCAGAUAUUUCCUGUUUAUGCCUUUUUUAUAGGGCAGGUUAAUGCUGGAUGAAUUUAGUUACUAACCUGUGCUAUGCUAAGCAUGGAUAGAAAGUUAAGCAUAUCAGUUUCAGUUUUAUUUUUUUCAUAGUACAGUGGCUUCCCAGUGUUGAUGUAAAUAUUUGACAAAUGUUUAGUACCACCCUUAGCAGUACUGAUUUUUUCUACAUAUCCUUAUAAUAAUUUUAGUUUUUUAAGACCCUUAGUUGCUUUUUCACAGUGUUCAGAUAUAAAAAUGGUGCUAACUGUAGGAUCUGUAAAAGGCUAUAAUAAUGUUCUUUUGGAUGUUCAGUAUGAGAUAUGCAUGACAUGUUUUAAUAGUAUUUUUUUCAUUUUUACUGGCAUGGUUUGUGCUUAUUAAAAAUGUUAGUGAUUAUGCUAAUGUUAACAUCCAAAAAUCAUCUAAAUGGCCCAUGUUAUACUUUUCAUGGUUCCUAAGUAGUGAUUUAAAAAAAGAUGCAUUUUUUUAUCUUCUUCUAGUGCUAGAUAUAUGUCCUUUUUAAAGACAAAUAUAUGCAUUAAAUAUAAAGCACUAGGCAGUUAUGCAUUACUUUGUACACUUCUUAGGUAAUUGGAUAUUUUAAAGUUACUGAGGAAAACUGGAACUCAAUGUUUACUUGAGUAAUCGUUCUAAAUUUGGUUCUACUUUGACUAAAGAAACAAGCAAGACUGUUUGCUAUAGCCAGUGACAGCUUAUUUAAAAUAAGUGGUCAGCUCAUUUUGUUUUAGCAUGUUUUAGAAAAUAUCUGUUAGUCUUGAAUAUAUUACUUUGCAUUUUAUUAGGAUAUCGAUACUUAUAAUUUUUGGUACUGUAGUUUAAUUUUCUUUUCUUUGUUUUUUUUUUUUUUAAACCUGCUUAUUAUCUCUAUAGACUCCGCAAAACCAGUGUAUAUUUGUUUCCUAAGAAAAAAUUUAUACUGCAUUCUUAAGUGCCAUAAUAUUCCAAGCUGUUGUUAAGAAGCCAUUUGUAAUUAUAAAACAUAGGUUUGUUCAUUUAGCAUCUAUGUUACUAUGUAUAGCCUGGCAAUUUGCAGUUUUUCUUGUUCUUCCAUUAACUGCCAGUGUAGAUUUAAAA